GCUGGUUUCAAGCUUUUUUCCCGAGUCCUCCAGUCUGGCUCGAGCUUUGGCAAAUUACUGUUAUGAAGCGUCCAGGCAGGGCGCGCUGCUCUGCGAUCGAUUAGCUCGUCUGUGCAGAAGUAGACAGGAACAAGCUAGAUGGAUUGGCAAAGUCGGACCGAGCGUGAUUAAAAAACACAACCAAAAGACAUAUUCUGAAAUACGACAACCUCUAAACUGUCAAAUUGACUUGACAAGCGGUGCAUCGUCGUCUUUGAUUAAUUUAUUGGGAUAGACAAGGGAUCAAAAGAGUUGGUCUGCAGAUUAAUCGUGACGAUCUGGAGGAGGAACAACCUAUUGGAUUUCUUCUCUGACUGCAAGAAUUUCACAAGACCUGAGAUCUCCCAUCAUACAAUAAUACUAGCUGGAGUACAUCUGUUGUUUCCACAUUGAAUGUUCAAGGUUUGCUCACACCUGGAUACUUUGGUUUGUUCUCAUUGGCUGUUGAAUCACCAAUGAACGGUACACAGUGUUUAUCGACACCUUUGUUAAGAAUCUGUGCACUUUGGCAUCACGUUAUUCCUCUGUGGAACUCCCUUAUAAUUUGAUGAACUGGGGGAUCAUAAGUGUUGUUAGGAAUCGAAUCAUAUUUACUUUCAAAUUUUUUAGUAGCCUGACGUGAUAUCGGUUCAACGGCCAUUUAUCAGUCAUGAGGGGAAAGAAUUAAAGAUGUCAAGUUUUUCAUUCUAUGUUCUGUUCACUGAAUCAUCCAAAGUAUGAGCUGUUGAAGGCUAAAUCGAUUCCCAUGACUUCGUAACAUAAAGCACUCUUAGCUAUUGUGAUGUGACAAAUCAGCCCCCACCCCUUUUUGCCCCGACGUAGCACCUCGACUGUUUUGAUGAGGUGAACGUACUUAGAUCGCCACUUUCCGCAUAAGAGCUUUGAGUGGUACAGCCCCACUUUCUUUUUUGUCACUGUGCGUGUCUUCAUCUGAAAAUGAGUUCGUAAAGGAGCUCCUGAGCGUCAGAGCAGGCACGGUGUGCUGCCACCACAAACCCCCAGAAUAAGAGACUGGUUGAGCCAAGACUCAAACGGACCGAGUCAAAAUAUUGUUGGAUCUUUCAUUUGUAUUCAGUCGACCUGAAUGCAAUCUGCCAUCGACGGUGAACUAAAGGUGUCGUGGAGAGUCACUCAGGCAUUACUGAUCAAACACAUUUACUAUUCUUCCACAACCGCUCACCAUUCGCAUUGAUUUCUUCCAUCAUCGUACGAUUUCACCUUGCACGAGAAUAAGACGACAGAGCGUGUGCCGGCUGCAAGAGUUUCACUUCCUCCCCCUUACUGCACCAUCCUGGAAACUGGAGUUUGCCUGUGGCAGGAGCUGCUGGUAUCCUGAGGCUGCCGAGCCUGUGAAAGUGCGUUGGUUGGGCCCGCUACACAGACACAGCUGAGAACAGGGCCAUCGAACUACAGAGCCUUUGUCUCUGGGUUCAGGCCAUGAGGUUUGAUGCCUCCAUCCACUGACGGGAGACACUGGACCUAAAUGGCGCAGCAUGACUUUGUUCCUGCCUGGCUUAAUUUCUCCACGCCUCAGCCUGCCAAGUCCCCUGCUGCCCCCGUUGAGAAGCAUGGAGAGCACUUUCCCCGCGGCGAUGGCCGGCCGGGAGUAAACCGCCGCAGACACAACUCCUCCGAUGGCUUUUUCAACAAUGACCCGCUCAGAGCCCCUGGAGGUGAUGGGUGGCAGCAGCCGUCUCUGUUGAGGCACGACUCCGUAGAUUCUGGUGUCGCCAAGGGGAGUCAAGGGGGAUUAGGUGGCGGACCUGGGUGGAAGGAGACCCCCAGCUGGCAUGGGGCGCAGAGGGGCCAGGAGGCUCCUCACCACCACCAUGCCCGGCACAUCAAACGCUGUGGGGGCGAAAGGGACAGGCAAGGGGGUCACCGGCAGCGAAAUGGAAACUUUCUUGCACGCAAAGGUGGCCCGUAUCAUGAGAGAUACUCUGAUGAGGAGCGUAAUGACGACAAGCUCAAGUUUGUCGAUGAGGAUUUUCCCUCCUUGAAUCCAGAGACAACUGGAAAGCCAGCGAGUCAGGCUCGUGCCGUCGGGACUCCAGUGGGAGUCUGGGAGAACCCCCCUAGUGCUAAGCAGGCUAUGUCUAAGAUGCUGGUCAUUAAGAAAGUGUCUAAGGAGGACUCCAGCGCUGCAUUCUCUGCUGGCUUUGCCAGUGCUGGCCCUCUACCUGCCAAUGGCUCUAAAGUCCCCAUCCCUGGUCCCAGUGUCUACAAGAAUCUGGUGCCCAAGCCUGCCACUGCCCCCAUCAAGUCUGGCCCAUGGAAACCCAAUGGAAGGGAAACUAAAGUGGGUUUGCAUUACUCUGGGCGGGAUUCGGCCUUCACAAGCCCCGUUUCUGUGACCAAACCUCUGACGCCUGUCAGUGCACCUGCCCAUGGCACUUCUAAAGAGCCACCCUCCAGCACCACCCCUCCAAUAGACAUCACCCCCUCACGGCUAAAGCUGAUGCGGCGCAGCACAGACCGUAAAAGUGAGUUCCUGCGGGGACUAAAGGACGAGAGGAACGGGGAUGUGAGUGGCUGCCACAGCCCUGGAGCUCCAGCAGAGGGAGAGGCGAGCACCCCUGAACCAAAAGAAUUUGGAGAGAGUCAUGAGAACGGCAUCUCCCACUCUCUCAGUGACUCAGACACAGAGCACUUGUCCAGUUCUCUGGAGGCUGAACACAGGUUGCUGAAGGCCAUGGGUUGGCAGGAAUACCCUGAAAACGAUGACUUCCAGCCCCUCACCGAAGAUGAACUCAAAGAGUUUCAAGCUAAAACUGAGCAGAUGAAGAAGAUUGGUUUGGGACGUAACGGCAUGCUCCCGAAGCGACGUGGUGAGACCCUGCUGAACUGGAGAACCACCCCUAACCCUGGCCUGGAAGAGGGCUCUGAGUCUGAGACGAGCAGUAGCAGCCAGACCUCCGAUGAUGAUGAUACCUAAUGUGGCUUUAAACACCCCUCCCCCAUAUCCGAUUCUCUCUCGCUUAAUCGCUUCCCUCCAUCACAUCCAUGUAUUUCAAGCUGAAAGAGAAAAGAAUCUCUUCAUGGACAAGGAACAUUGGUCAUAUCUCAGCUGGAGAGUAAAAGGCAUUCACUUGUCACUUCAUAGGCAGUGUCUUUCUGUUUGAUUUCCCUCCUCUGUUUCCUUAUCUGCAUUUUGUUCUUUAUCCUGAACUAGAAAUGUCAAAGAAAGCCACACACCCUUCCACCAGAUGUUUUUGUUUUGUUUUGCUUGGGGGGGGGGAGACUAAUUCAUAUAACACCAAUUAUAACCGUGAUUUAACGUGAUAUGACAUCAUCUGAAUGUUCUCUAAAAUGGCUUCGACACCUUUCUAAACGUUUUUUUCCUUUCCGCGAAAACAAUUCGUAGCAUUAGCGUUAAGAUGAAACAAUCAUUGUGAGCCACUGACUGCGACGUUGCUACCAGUCCCUCAUAGAAAUGAACUCAAGCCAGCCGCACGCAGCUGCAGCACAGAAGAACUAAAGCAACAUUCAGUGGACUGUCAUGUGUGGUCUGGCAGCUAGAACAUCAGUCCAUUUCUGGCUCCGGUUCCACCAAACUCUGCUGAUUUUCACUCUGCAAUGUCAAAAUCAUACUAAUAUUCCUGAUUUCAUCUGUCUGCCAAGUACACAUGUGAGCGUACCUUAAAGGAUGUUUAAAGGUUAGAUUUGCAACCUAGAGUUUGUCAGGAGCUGGCUUUUGAAUAAAGGUAACGUUUGGAUGGAAGGGUCUAAUGUUUUGUUAAGUUCUGGUGAGUUUCAAUGCGCAGAGGUUGGGUUCUGUUUAGAAAACGAAUCAUAAACAGACUGUCUCCUUUCUUACCCUUAUGUGGCGUCAAGGUUUUUUUCUGGAACAUUUAAAGCGGCUUGAUUUAAAACAUUGAAAUCCUGAACAUUUCAGAGUUGCUCUAUAAAAGCGUUCUUAUGCUUAUUAAUGCUGAGGCAAUCACUUUCCAAAGCUUCACAGUCAUUGCAUGUAGAUGAUAAAUGGGAUAUACAAUAAAUAUUAAAAAAAAAAAACCUUACUUCGCCGCAAAACCCUGAUCAAAUCUAACCAAUGGAAUAGAAAUGCAUUAAACAUUAUUGGGCUUAUGUAAUGUUUACAAUGCUGGAAUUGAUCCAAGCAAGCAAUGGUUUGUAAUUACUGUGAACUUUGAACGAUUCAGUGAGAUGGCUUGCACGCUUUGUUCUGCUAUGUUCUUUACACAGUUCAUUUGAGGUUACAUCUGGAUGCUCAGUUCUAUCCCUGCUGCUGGCAGUAAAGUAGAGAGCCGUCUUCUUUCAAGUUCUUUAUUUCAUGAGGGACUGCUGGUGUAAAUUGUGCAUCUCCUUUUUUUGUACCUUGUUUUUGCUGAUAGGGUAUAAAAAUGGCUUUAUCACAGAUUUAAGUUUCUUUUUUAAUUUUGGUACAGCUGUAAAAAUUCCCACAUUAAUAGUUUUUUUCUUCUUUUGUUUGCAUUAUAUUGUUUCUGCAGCCUUGAUAUUCAGGGUGGAUUGUAAAAAAUAUAAGAAUAAAAAUUGUGAGUUUUGGAAGAUUA